CUCAUGGGUCCACAGUAAAAUGAGGCUUGCAUGACGAGUAAAUACUACUAGUACUACACUCCCCUUUUACUCUGAACUAUAAAUAAAAAUAUUGAAAAGGAAAAAACAAAAAAACAAAGAGAAAUAUAAGUAAAAGAAAGCACCUCCAUAUAUAUCCCCACCACCAUUACCAGCUUCGAAAUUUGAGCUCUCCAAACACCAAAAAAAAGAAAAAAGAGAAAAAAUUCGGAGAGAGAAAGAGAAAGACAAAGACAAAGAACGAAAGAGAAAGAUUUGAUCAUAAUAACAACAGAAUAAGCAACAGCAACAUGAGUAAUUGGUUAGGUUUUUCUUUGACUCCUCACCUGAGAAUCCAUGAGGAUUUUCAAAAUGGAAGAGAAGAAGACCAAAACGUCCAUGGAGAUCAUCAUGGCUUUUCUCAUUCUCAUCAUUCUACUAUGUCUGCCAUGCCUUUGCGCUCUGAUGGCUCUCUUUGUGUUCCUGCUCAAGAUUGGCGAUAUGAAAAUCCAAACGAGGAAGAUGAGGGUCCGAAGCUAGAAGAUUUCUUGGGGUGUUGUUACUCAUCAAGCUCUUCUCACCAAGAAGAAUCAGCAAAAAUCUAUUGCCAAAAUAACAACCAAGAUCAUCAUCAUCAUCAUCAUCAUGACCAAAAUAACCCAGAAUCCAUGUCCGAAAUCACAGUUAAUCUCGCUUCGAGUUUCAACCCUAAUAAUAGUAGUAACGGUGUGGAGAUGGAACUAGCAAUAGAUCAAAAUAAUCCCACAACAAACACUUCAAACUUAAUCCAAUCUUACACUCAUCACUACAACGAUAAUAAUGCCAUGUACAAAUCCUGGCUUACCCAAACGCUGCCUUACACUAACGCCGCCUCUGAAAAAUCAGCGUCUGAGGCAGACGGCGGCGGCGGCGGCGGCGGCAAUAACUUUCAGACUCUUUCUCUUACGAUGAGUCCAAGCUCACAGAACGGUGUUGGGGAAAUUUCGUCGUUGCAAGUGGCCACGACGGCGACGGUGGAAGGUGGCCGGAAAAGGUCAGGGGGAAAGUCCUUAGCUAAGGAACCUGUUCCUCGAAAAUCUAUAGAUACUUUCGGGCAGAGAACUUCUCAGUACCGCGGAGUUACGAGGCAUAGAUGGACUGGGAGAUAUGAAGCCCAUUUGUGGGAUAAUAGCUGUAGAAAAGAAGGCCAAACAAGGAAAGGAAGACAAGUUUACCUUGGUGGUUAUGAUAAGGAGGAAAAGGCAGCAAAGGCCUAUGACUUGGCUGCUCUUAAGUACUGGGGACCAACAACUCAUAUAAAUUUCCCUUUAAGCACAUACGAAAAGGAGCUAGAGGAGAUGACCAAUAUGACAAGACAAGAAUUUGUAGCCAACUUGAGAAGGAAAAGUAGUGGCUUUUCAAGAGGAGCUUCUAUGUACAGAGGAGUGACAAGACACCAUCAACAUGGAAGGUGGCAAGCUAGGAUCGGACGAGUUGCUGGAAACAAGGAUUUAUACCUUGGAACGUUUAGCACACAAGAGGAAGCAGCCGAGGCCUAUGACAUUGCAGCCAUAAAGUUCAGGGGCACAAGCGCAGUAACGAACUUUGACAUAAGUAGAUACGACGUUAAGAGGAUUUGCUCCAGUUCCAAGCUUAUUGCUAGUGAUCUCGCAAAACGCAACUCUCCAAGAGAUGUUUCUGUUGCAGUGGCAACCCUCGACAGCGACUUUAACUCUCGCGUGCCCUCGACGUCCUCACCGCAGCCACUUUUGGCCAUAACAAACAGUUGUGAGGCCUCGGACGAGCUUGUUGACAUGAUGUGGAGUACUAAUACUGCUCCCAAUAUGGAUGAUCGUCAUCACCAGCCCCAAGAGAUUAAUUCUGAGACCAACAAUAGCACGUCGUUUGCGGCGCCUUUGAAUGGUAGGAACUCACCAAGUGGUGGAGAGUUUGGGGAAGGAAGUGGCGGAGAAUUCGCUCAUGCUUAUUUUAUGCAUGGGAAUAGUAGUAGUGGUAAUAAGUACGAGCAGAAUGGCAAUGGUGGAAAUAUUGGUUUGGUUCAACAGCAUGCUCCUAUGUUUGCGCUUUGGAAUCAUGAGUAGUGGAAGUCACCAGUUAAUUUGAAUUCCAAAAACAAGAUUUUGUGUAGAAAAUGUGGCUCUAUUUAAGUUAUAGGUUGUAAUGGUAUGUAGUACAAGUACUAUCCUAGUUAUAAACUUAGAUUGAUUUAGACUUUUUCAAAAAAAAAAAAAAAAAACUUAGAUUGAUUUUUGUGCUAGAAAAUGGAAAGCUACCCUGAAUAUGAUCAAUGUGGUAUUUAAAAUAUUUAUGUUGCUUUAUAUUGUACUUAAUUUUCAACUCUUUUGGACCCUCUAUGUUUCUAUGAUGAGAAAGAGAAGUAGAAAAGGUUAAGAAGGUUGAGCAUGAUGUUUUUCCUUUGGUUAUUUAUUAUUAAAUGUGAUAUAUAUUACAAA